CAUAUUCAAAUAAUUGAACUGCGCGGGCACGAAUAUUGUUAAUCGUCAAUCGAUAUUGGAAUCUAUCAUCACGCAAAUGCUGGAUAAGUACCGUUUUUUGCUUUAUAGAAUAUGAAUGUGUGUGUGUUUCCAGACUAAAGCACAUCAUCUAUGUAUGUUCACUCGAUCAAGUCAAUUUGAUAUGUCUUACUUUGUAUCAAACAAUGACAACCAUUCGGAGUUUAAGUGGAUUCAACAAACGCCUGGAGGCUGCAGAGCAUAAGCUAAUUGUUCUGGAGUUUUAUGCUACCUGGUCCGCCCCAUGCAAAGACAUCGAUGAGGCGGUUAAAGCACUCGCCCGCCAAAAUGUUGACAAGGCGGAAGUCAUACAAAUAAAUGUUGACAAAUUUGAGGACUUGGUGGACACAUACAGGGUGCGUAGCAAGCCAACCUUUGUGUUCAUCAAGAACAAGCGGAAUAUAUACCGCGUCAACGGCGCCGACGAGGAGAAACUGAAGCACACGUUAUUCGAGCUCUGCAAGUGAAUGGGACACCUUACGACGCUGGCGUCGGCCCAUCGUUUUAUUAUAUGUAUGUCUACGUAUUUAUGUAUGUAUGUUAAUUGUAACUGUAUAACAUUUAAGCACAAACCUGAUAUAGUUUUAAUGCAGACAAUAGUAACUUUAAAAAGUUGUGACUCGACUAAAUAUUAAUAAACAAAUGAUAUAAUAUA